CAGGGCACGAAGUCCGGGGGCCCUCUUCCUUCCGGUCUUCUCCACAGAAGGGCUCGCGAGGCGCUGCCUUCUGGGUUUGGCCACCCGCAGGCGCCAGUUCCCGGCUCCGCGAACCGUGGGGAAGCCGUUAGUGGCGGCACGGGCCACGCCUUCUAGCGCCAUGAGCCCCCUCUCAACGCGGUUGCUGAUACAGCGGGGCCGGCCCAAGAGCGACCGGCUUGGGAAGAUCCGCAGCUUGGACCUGUCAGGGCUGAAGCUGCGCUCGGAGCACUUGGACCCCAAGCUCCUGGGCCGCCUAAGGCAGCUGCAAGAGCUGGACCUGUCCAACAACCAACUGGACACGCUGCCCGCCAACCUAGGCCUGUCCCACCUGCGCAUCCUCCGCUGUGCCAACAACCAGCUGGGGGAUGUUACUUUCUUGUGCCAGUUCCCACAGCUCGAGGAGCUCAGCCUGGAGGGCAACCCCUUUCUGACGGUCAGUGACAACCUGAAAGUCUCCUUUCUCCUGCCUAAGCUCCGUAAGGUCAAUGGCAAGGAGGCUUCCUCAACUUCCUCUCAGGUGGAGAACCUGAACCGGGAGCUGACCAGCAGGGUCACCGCUCACUGGGAGAAGUUCAUGGCUGCCCUGGGCCCCAAGGAGGAGGCUGAGAAGGCCCAGGCAGACUUUGUGAGGUCUGCCGUCAGGGAUGUUCGCUACGGGCCCGAGUCCCUCAGCGAGUUCACCCAGUGGCGGGUGCGGAUGAUCUCUGAGGAGCUGGUGGCCUCCGGUGGGACCCAGGUGCCUAAGGCAGACAACCCAGAGAGGCCUGUGGAAGCUGCAGCUCCCCACGAGCCCAGGACCAGGCUGGCAGCCUUGAAACGGCCAGAUGAUGCCCCACUCAACCUCUCUCCCAACAAGCGGGUGUGUACCUCCCCAUCAGCGCAGGUGGAGGGCAGCCCCAUGGGCUCUGAUGGCAGCCAGGCUGGCCUGAAGCUGGAGCCCCUGCACUUCCUGCAGUGCCACAGCAAGAACAACAGCCCUCGGGACCUCGAGACCCAGCUGUGGGCCUGCGCCUUUGAGCCGACCGGGGAGGAGGGGCACUCAGGGGCCACGUCCCAGACCGUGGCUACUUGCGGCGGGGAGGCCGUCUGUGUGAUCGACUGCCAGACAGGCAUCGUGCUCCACAAGUACAAGGUGCCUGGCGAGGAGUUCUUCUCAGUGGCCUGGACAGCUGUGACGGUCGUCACACAAGCAGGCCACAAGAAGCGCUGGAGCGUGCUGGCAGCUGCAGGCCUGCGGGGCCUGGUGCGGCUGCUGCACGUGCGUGCCGGCUUCUGCUGCGGAGCCAUCCGGGCCCACAAGAAGGCCAUCGCCACCCUGUGCUUCAGCCCUACCCACGAGACCCACCUCUUCACGGCCUCCUAUGACAAGCGGAUCAUCCUCUGGGACAUUGGGAUACCCAACCACGAUUACGAAUUCCAGGCCAGCCAGCUCCUUAUGCUUGACACCACCUCCAUCCCAUUGCGUCUCUGCCCUGUGGCCUCCUGCCCAGAUGCCUACCUUCUGGCUGGCUGCGAGAGUGGCUGCUGCUGCUGGGAUGUGCGGCUGGACCAGCCCCAGAAAAGGAGGGUAUGUGAAGUAGAGUUCACCUUCUCCGAGGGCUCGGAGGCAUCUGGGCAGAGAGUGGACGGGCUGGCGUUUGUGAAUGAGGAUGUUGUGGCCUCCAAGGGGAGUGGCCUGGGCACCAUUUGCCUGUGGAGCUGGAGACAGACAUGGGCAGGCCGGGGCAGCCAGGCCACAGUGGCAGUGGUUGUCCUGGCUCGGCUGCAGUGGUCACCCACCGAGUUGGCCUAUUUCUCUCUCAGCACCUGUCCCGGUGAGGGGAUCGUGCUCUGUGGGGAUGAGGAGGGCAACGUGUGGAUCUACAACGUCUGGCAUCUCCUAAGUCAGAAGUCCCCGCUACCAGCAGCCCCGCAGGCCCCUGCACAGAUCCUCAAGUGGCCCCAGCCAUGGGCCCUCGAUCAGACGGUGACCAAGACCAUGGUGAACACAGUGGUGGCCAACCCCACCUUUACCUACCUCACUGCUCUGACGGACUCCAACAUUGUUGCCAUCUGGAAGAGGCAGUAGCUGCCAGCAGGGUGGGGAGGAGCUCUGCCUCUU